GAGGACCCUACGGUUUCCGGUGUCAUGGCGGCUUGAAGUCCCGGGAGUCGGUGAGGCGGCUGCAGGUCCUCCCCUGCGGAGCCGCUGGUCCGGCUGGCGGGGAUGUGACCGCGGGCUCUGCCGGCCUGCCUCAGGCGUCGCGUCAGCUCCCGUGUCCGUACCCUCAGCCCACACCGAUGGCGGGAUCCGGCUGUGCCUGGGGCGCGGAGCCGCCGCGUUUUCUGGAAGCCUUUGGGCGGCUGUGGCAGGUACAGAGCCGUCUGGGUAGCGGCUCCUCCGCCUCGGUGUAUCGGGUGCGCUGCUGCGGCAACCCUGGCUCGCCCCCCGGCGCCCUCAAGCAGUUCUUGCCGCCAGGAACCACCGGGGCUGCGGCCUCGGCCGCCGAGUAUGGUUUCCGCAAAGAGAGGGCGGCGCUGGAGCAGUUGCAGGGUCACAGGAACAUCGUGACUUUGUAUGGAGUGUUUACAAUCCACUUUUCUCCAAACGUGCCAUCACGCUGUCUGUUGCUUGAACUCCUGGAUGUCAGUGUUUCGGAAUUGCUCUUAUAUUCCAGUCACCAGGGUUGUUCCAUGUGGAUGAUACAGCAUUGUGCCCGAGAUGUUUUGGAGGCCCUUGCUUUUCUUCAUCAUGAGGGCUAUGUCCAUGCAGACCUCAAACCACGUAACAUAUUGUGGAGUGCAGAGAAUGAAUGUUUUAAACUCAUUGACUUUGGACUUAGCUUCAAAGAAGGCAAUCAGGAUGUAAAGUAUAUUCAGACAGACGGGUAUCGGGCUCCAGAAGCAGAACUGCAAAAUUGCUUGGCCCAGGCUGGCCUGCAGAGCGAUACAGAAUGUACCUCAGCUGUUGAUCUGUGGAGCCUAGGAAUCAUUUUACUGGAAAUGUUCUCAGGAAUGAAACUGAAACAUACAGUCAGAUCUCAGGAAUGGAAGGCAAACAGUUCUGCUAUUAUUGAUCACAUAUUUGCCAGUAAAGCAGUGGUGAAUGCCGCAAUUCCAGCCUAUCACCUAAGAGACCUUAUCAAAAGCAUGCUUCAUGAUGAUCCGAGCAGAAGAAUUCCUGCUGAAAUGGCAUUGUGUAGCCCAUUCUUUAGCAUUCCUUUUGCCCCUCAUAUUGAAGAUCUGGUCAUGCUUCCCACUCCAGUGCUAAGAUUGCUGAAUGUGCUGGAUGAUGAUUAUCUUGAGAAUGAAGAGGAAUAUGAAGAUGUUGUAGAAGAUGUAAAAGAGGAGUGUCAAAAAUAUGGACCAGUGGUAUCUCUGCUUGUUCCAAAGGAAAAUCCUGGCAGAGGACAAGUCUUUGUCGAGUAUGCAAAUGCUGGUGAUUCCAAAGCUGCUCAGAAAUUACUAACUGGAAGGAUGUUUGAUGGGAAGUUUGUUGUGGCUACAUUCUACCCGCUGAGUGCCUACAAGAGGGGAUAUCUGUAUCAAACCUUGCUUUAAUCAGUAACCUAAGAACUAUUUCCUUUUUCUCCUCUUCCAUUUCUUGGGUUAUUGUAUUCCACACCUGAAUGCAGGAGCACCCCCUUACCAUUUUAGGAAGGUACUUUGUACGUUUAUUUAAUCCUACUAAUGUGCAGCCAUUGCCCAAGCAGUGACUGCAUUGCAUACAUUUGGCACUGAGUAGGACAAGACCUCUCAGCUAUACAUUGAGGGGUUUUAGAGCAUCCAUGUGGGUAACCUAUUUUUGUGCAGGAGAGCAGGCGCUGCUCUUCCGUAUGUAACCUAAAAACAUAUUAAUUAAUUUGUGUGAUCAUGAAGCAAGAAUGAAUAAUAUGUCUUGGUAAAUACUAACAAAUUUGUUAAGUUUGGUGACAUCAUUUACAGAUUAUUUCUUUAUGUUGUCCGGUGGUUCUUCCUUAUUGUUGAUAUCCAUAAGCUGGCACUGGAUGCUCUCAGUAAUGUUAAGUAAUUGUCAAGCAGCAGUUACCUACUGGGUUCUUAACACUGAGUUGUGAAUUUUUUCUUAAAGGAGUACUGUAGUACUGAAUAUUCCUUUAAAGGAACUGCAGUGAGCCUAUCUAAGAUUUUUUAAAUUAAGGCUUUUAAAAUAGAAAGCUGAUGCUUGAUCUUGCACAAUUUUUAUGUCUAGUAUGUAUGCUUGAGUGAGUGCACAGGUAUGAAAGAUUAGAGAAAAUUUGAGUCACUCUACUUUAUAGUGUGAAUCCUGUGAGCUAAUACAGUCUAAACUCAUUUCUUCCAUACCUGUUUCACAUCGAUAAGAUUUAGGAUAUGUGUUUUUUGAGAGGUGGUCUGUCUGAUACAAUGUAAGUGACAAAACAGAUAAUUCAUGAGAGGCUCAGAACAAACUGGAGUCUAGCCUGGAGUUACAUUGAGACUUCUAAAAUGAUCAGAACAAAGACUAAGUUUUGCCACAUGUAAAUCAACCCCUCUUUCAGUCUAAUUUAGACUCUGUAUUAGCUCAUCUUUUUUGUACUAAAUCUAUAGUUUUAAGAUUUCUCAAGAUGUGGCUCUACCUACUAUGAUGGAAAAUUGAAGUGGGUCGAAAGAAUUAGAUAUACAAUAAAGGGAAAAGAAAAAAAUGGGUGAAGGGAGGAUAGAAAAUAAAGAAUUCUUUUUUCUUCCUUUCUGUUUCUCAUAUCCCUGCUCCCUUUUCCCUCCCCUUCUCUCAUUCUCUGCUUCUAUCCGUACCUGAAGAUAGAGGAACAGCAUCCCAGGUAGUUUGGCUUUUGACUGCAAGGAAGUUAAGAAAGGUGUAGAUAUAAUGAGAUAGAAGUAGAAAGGAAGAAAAACUUAAAUAAUUCUUAAGGAAUUCUUAAAAGGAUUCUUAGCAACCUGAUGUAUCCCUUAGUAGAGAAUGCUGGUAUACGUGAGUUCAUGGACACAAGUUGAUGACACGGCUUUUAGAAUUAUAAUUAUGGAUUCCUCUUACAUCAUGGUAGGUUGUCUUUAAAGAUAUAAAAAUUAAGACACCUUUAUGAAGCACUGAUUAUACCAAAAAAAAAAAAAGAUUAUUAAUUUUUUUAUUUAUUUAUUUUUUUCCUAAGGAAAAAGUCUUUUAUAUCUUUCCCUGCUGGAAGCCUCCUCAUAGUUCCUUGUUUGCCAUGCAGGUUGCUGAGAGUCCAAUUAGAAUUUGCAUUUUAGAGAAUGAAAUAUUUAUCCUAUUCAAACAAUUAGUGUUUGACAUUUUAGUUAUUUACAAUUGUCAAAUUCAGGACUCUCAUUUAAUGUUUAUUAUGAAACCAAAUUUGACAUAAGGAGGCUGAUUUGUGAAUUACCAAAGGGUCUUGUGGCAUGUUCCCCAAUAUGUGCCCUUAGCAGGAAGAACUGUUAUUUUUUGUUUUGACCCUUUCAGAGGUUGAUUAUAAAUUGAUUUGUUUUCAAGUCAGAAUUCAAGUGGGCAGAACCAGUAUUGUGAAGACCUAAACUUUCCUAAAUGUUCAUAUGGGUAACAGAUUUUGUGGUGAUUAGAAACAUCUGUUCCUUAAGGGCAAGUAUCCUAAGUUAGCACUUGUACUUUUCUCUCCCCUCCUCCCCCAAAAGAAAAGUCCUUACACAUAAACUGCAGUUAGGCUUCUAAGCGUAGUCCUGCAGUGUGCUGCUAACAUCUUGAUGCCGAUCUUCACAGCAUUCUUGGAUUGUCAUCUUAUUGCUGAUACAUUCAUACAUAUAUUUAGUGCUUGACACUGUAGAAUUUUAUUACAGAAGAUGCUAACUAGAUUUUAAGGGAGCUGAGGGAAUAAUUGAUGAGCCUUGAAUUAACCAUGCAUUUAAUUAAAUGUUUUAUAUUAAAGCCAGAGAAUUUAAAAAAAA